AUGUCCACCGCUGCUCCGUCCAGUGCGUCGCCGUCGGUCGUCCGCAGCCAGUCCACUUCUUCCCGACCUCCCUCCUAUCGUCCUGUGCAAUCCGAUACUCCUCACCGAACUCGAAGCGUCGCAGUCCGGCCUGCGACUGCAAAUCAGUCGCCCUCGCAACAACCUCACCCUCCGUCGCAAAAUUACUAUUCCCACUCCCACUCUAAAUCGCAUUCUCAUGAUCGUCGCCCUCCUUCGAACCAAGCGCUGUUUGACAACAUAGCCCGUCGGGAUUACGAGGCUUCUAGAGCUGCCCAACCGCCUCCCGCCCGUCGGAGUAGCUCCAAGGAACGUUCCCAGGAACGCUCAACCCCCGCCUACCGUCCCGAUUCCUCUUCCAACAAACAUCAUCGCAACCUGUCCGUUCAAGGCAGUCAGCGAAACAGCAUUGAUAUGGCUGCCGCAGCCCCCGUUGCCGCGGACGCAGCUGCGGUCCCGCCACAGCCUGUUCCGGCGUCGCGACUGCACCCGAUGAAUCCGGUGCCGUCGAAACGUCGCACAACCAUCACGACGCCGUCCGGCCAGUGGACGCUGGGUAAGACCUUGGGUGCAGGUAGUAUGGGCAAGGUCAAAGUAGGGAAGAACAUGGAAACCGGAGAACAGGUGGCUGUCAAGAUCGUCCCCAGGCAAUCGACGGAAGAACAUCGCAGCUCUCGUGAGGCGGAAAGAGCAGAUCGUUCAAAAGAAAUCCGGACGGCCCGCGAGGCCGCUAUCGUCAGUCUCGUCAAUCACCCGUAUAUCUGUGGCAUGCGAGACGUGGUCCGAACCAACUAUCACUGGUACAUGCUGUUCGAACUCGUCAACGGCGGUCAGAUGCUCGAUUAUAUCAUCUCCCAUGGGAAAUUAAAGGAGAAGCAGGCUCGGAAGUUUGCCCGGCAGAUCGCAAGCGCGUUGGACUACUGUCAUCGUAACAGCAUCGUGCACCGCGAUUUGAAGAUCGAGAAUAUCCUCAUCAGCAAAACUGGCGACAUUAAGAUCAUUGACUUCGGCCUCAGCAAUCUGUUCUCUCCGCGAAGCCUCCUGAAGACCUUCUGCGGAAGUCUGUAUUUCGCCGCCCCCGAAUUGCUCCAGGCACGCCAGUACACGGGCCCAGAGGUGGAUGUUUGGAGUUUUGGAAUCGUUCUCUACGUCCUAGUCUGCGGGAAGGUGCCCUUUGAUGAUCAGAGUAUGCCCAAGCUGCAUGCCAAGAUCAAACAAGGCGUGUUUGAGUACCCUCCCGGACUUACGGCUGAAUGCCGUCACAUCAUUUCGCGCAUGUUGGUCACUGACCCCAAGCAGCGCGCAAGCUUGGCGGAAAUCAUGAAUCACCCUUGGAUGAAUAAAGGAUUCAACGGCGUUCCGGAUAAUAACCUCCCCCACCGCGAGCCGUUGCAAUUGCCAUUGGACCCGGAAGUUAUCGACAAGAUGACGGGAUUUGAUUUUGGACCCGCGGACUACAUUACCGCGCAGCUCACGAAGAUCGUCGAGUCGGAGGACUACCAGCAUGCCGUGAAGGUGAAUAUUCGCGACCAUCCGCCUCCAAGUCACGGCGAGAAAAAACGCGGCAUGUUCGACUUCUACAAGCGGCGCAAUUCGGCCAGCAGGGAUACCUUGUCCGCGCCGUCUGCCGAAGCGGUCCAAUUAGGAUCUGACCCUUUGAACGCGUACAGCCCGUUACUGUCAAUCUACUACCUAGUGAAAGAGAAGCUGGACAGAGAAAGAGCCGAGACCAAUCCCGGUGCCCUUGGCGUGCCGCAGGCGGCCGGAGACGCUAUGCUUCAGAUGCCCGAUCUACCCGCUCCAGAAGCGGCCCACACCAACCAAUAUCAAGUACCGGGAGAAAAGGAUGUCGGAAGGCGGACUCGUCCUCGCGCAAGAACCCAUGGAGACGAUGAUAUGGCCGAUGGGAUCAAGAAUCUUCAUUUGGCUCCCCCUGGACAAGCGUCGCCCGCUCCCCCGACGUCGCAACCCGGGACUCCGGUCAAGAAGGAGAGCACAGCUGCGGGCAUCUUGAGGCGCUUCAGCACCCGCAAGGUGAAGGAGCGCGGUCGCGAACCCGAACGCGGAAGAAUGGCCAGUCCCCAUGCGCCGUCAUUGAGCGUACAGCCGCCUGCCGAUUCGGCUUCGCCCUUGUCCAGAGGGUUCAGCAUGAGGAAAACCCGACGUGCGGAUCCUUCUCCUACGGCCAUCCCGCCGGCCAGUGGCAGCCAGCCGCAGCAAGAUCUCCUCGCUCCCGGAUCGGCAGAGCCGGCCUCACGAUCUAAUAAAUUCCUCGAGAGAUCAACAAGCGUCAACUCAGCCGACUACCGUCGCCGCAUGGCACGAAGGAAUGACUCUGAUACGAUCGGACAACCACCUCCGAGUAGCGGGUCGGAUCACAAUGCGAACGUACCCAAGGACCAGACUCCUUCAAAGGAAUCAAGAUCAGCUAGCCGUACGCACGCCUCCCGAACCAUGUCACUGGGCCAUGCCCGCCGGGAAAGUAUCCAAGCACGACGCGCGCGUCGAGAUGCUGCCCGGGAAGCCAAUGUCCCCGAGGAAACCGAUGCGGACCUCUCUGGGGCAGGAACGGCACUGGAGAGCGCGAACGAGGGCGAAGAUUUGUCCAAGCCGGUGUACCUUAAGGGUCUAUUUAGCGUGUCCACGACCAGCAGCAAGCCUCUACCCGUCAUCCGCGCGGACAUUAUCCGCGUGCUCAAGCAACUCUCUGUGGACUACGUCGAGAUCAAGGGAGGGUUCAGCUGCCGCCACGCGCCAAGUAUUGAUUUGGAAAAGGUGACGGACGUGGCGCCGCCCAGCCCUGACCGACAAGGUCCUGUUUCGAACCAUCGACGACGAAUUAGUUUCGGGGGUCUUUUGAACCACGAUGAGGUUAAGGAAGAGAAUCGCCACACACCCAGAACACCGCGUCGGACCCGGGCUCCGCCGGACCGUAGCUUCGUUUCCAACUCGGAUGCGUCUGAAGAUUACGUUGGUCCUCGGGACAACAACGUCGCUGUAGGAGAACGUGUGGUGGGAGAAACCACGACUCGUGUCCAGAGCGAUACCGGAGAGAACUUGAUUCUCCGAUUUGAAAUCCUCAUCGUCAAGGUUCCCUUGUUUUCACUCCACGGUAUCCAGUUCAAGAAGGUUGCAGGAGGUAUGUGGCAAUACCGCGAGAUGGCCAAGAAAAUCCUGGACGCCUUGAGACUGUAA